UUCACAUUUAUCAAUCUCCUUGAUACAAAUCGAAUGAAUUUUCUCGAAAAGAAAUACAAUUUAAUAACACCUCCUAGAAUGAAAAACAUCAAAAUUAUUUCAAAUAAUAAAAAUUUCGCGCGCAACUUUCGAGUAGGUUUACACCGUAUACCGUUCGCUCCGGUGCAGCCGGUGCUCGCUCGGUUCUCUCUCAUCUCUCCAGUUUAAUUUUCGAGCUUGCUGAGGAGCGCUGAACACGUGCCUGGCUCGCGAAAGAACACAAUUUACGCGAAAAUCGAAAUCGUUCGAUCAUGGCAGAGGCAAACAAUAGCGAUUUUUUAAUUCUAAUUACGAUUUUUGUCGGACUCGGUGUGAUUAUUUUGGUUUUCUUACUCAAAUGGAUUAAGCAGGAGCAAUCAAACAAGGACAAUACAAAAAAUGAUAAGUCCGCAAAAUCGAAAAGCUCCUCGACCGAAACUUCCGGUAAGCACGGUAAGAAAGAGCAGCAGGCUGCCAAACCUAAAAAGAAGCAACUUACCGAACGGGAAACCAGAAGGACUGCAAGGGCUAACGAAAAAGGAUUUAAUCAUCCUUGGCUAUUAGCAACCUUAAAAGGACACACCGGCCGAGUUUUGGACAUGGACUUUUCGGCCAACGGGAAAUAUUUGGUGUCUUGCGGCGACGAUAGAACAGUUUUUAUAUGGGGAGCCAAAGAAUUAGCCAAUAAGGACCGAAAAUCGCUCAGAGUUAAUAUAGAGUUCGAUUAUGCGACUCACGUCAAAUGGAGUCCGGAUUGUAAAGCCUUUAUUAUACACCGAUUCAACGAAAACUGCUUGGAAGUCUACAAAGUGGACAAGAAAAAGGACGGCUGGUUGACUGCUAGUAAGGCUGUCACUUUUCCCAAGGGCCAUGAUACUGAUGUCAUAGGCAUGGGCAUAGCGAGCAAUGGAAAAUUCAUCAUGACAUGCUCCAACAAAACCGAUAUGAUCGUGUGGGACCUCAAAGGGGAAAAACUGGCCAAACUGGAUACAUUUUUGAUGUCUACUGAGUGUGCCAAAAUAUCACCUUGCGGACGAUUUAUUGUCGCAUCAGGUUUCACUCCAGAAGCCAAAACAUGGGAAGUAGUCUUCGACAAAUCCGGCGAUUUCAAAGAGGCAAAGCAAGUGCCCCAACUCAAUCUAGGAGGUCACUCGUCUGGAGUUUACGACGUAGCAUUUGACGUGGACUCUUCGCACAUGGCUACAGUGUCCAAGGACUUGACUUGGAGGCUAUUUGAUACUAAAGUGAACUACAAACAAGGCCAAGACGCUCGCUUGGACAUAUCUGGACGCUACGAAUCUUCUAGCAGUAAAUCGUUAGUUGCUUUAUCGCCUAAUGCAGAAGUUUUGGUCGUGGCAACUGCUAAUGAUUUACAGUUUUACUCUACCAUGACGGGAAAAUUGGAUUCUACUGUGGAAAAUAUAUCCAACGAACAUAUCACUUCCAUUCUGUUUGACGCUUCUGGAAAACACUUGCUUGUGUCUUCGGACAAACAAAUUAGGGUUUUUCUUAAUGUACCUGGAUAUCGGUGUGCUAUUGCUCAUGCCAAAGAAAAACUCAAAGAGCAUCAGACUUCUGCUACUCGAGAAAGACUGCAGCAACUUGUCAAGGAAUCUGAAGACUUUUUGAAGAAUUUCUGAAUAUGAAAUUUUGUCAUUCCACAUUUUUCCUAAGGAUUUAAUACACUUUGAUAAUUGAAUAAUAAAGAAAUAAUUUGUUUUUAUUUGC